AUGGAACCUCCUCGGAGUCCAGCACCUCACUUGAUUAUUCCCAGUCCAAUAUUUCACAAACGAAAUCGUACAAAGUCUCAGUCCGAGAAUGCUUCUUCAGGAGAUUUUGGCGAAGGUACAAUAGUGAAAUUUUGUCGCAAAAAGGGUCAUGGUUUUAUCAAACCUCGUGACGGGGAUGAUUUCUUGUUCGUUCAUGUAUUUGAUAUUGAUGGGGAAUAUGUGCCGAUGGAAGGGGACGUUGUGGAAUAUCGUAAAAUGCUUAUUCCUCCAAAGAAUGA